AUGUCGUUCUGUCGCAUCACGGGCAAAUGUCGGUCGCUACCGAAGCCCAACUAUUUCCCCAUGCUCCCGCCAAUCUCACCGGCCGCUGCCAAACGGUUUUGCCGCGUGACGGGCAAAUCGUACGGCUUACCAUCGCAUCACUUCAUCCCGGUAACGCUCGUCAAACGUGCGGCCGGUGCCGAUCGGUGCCGGGUGACGAACGUGUCGGCCGAGCUGGAACCACACCACUACCAGCCUGGUGCGUACGGUAGGCGUCGGCACGAGGUGCUGUGCGCGUUCCGGUACGUACUGCCCGUGCUGGACGAUAGUGAUGAGGCACAGCGCAAUCUAACCACCAUACUGCAGCAAAAGACGAAACCACUCGAGCAGAGUCUGUACGUGUACCGGGUGGAUGAGCGUAAUUUUGGGCUCGUUUUUCCGGCCCGCUUGGAAGCGGCGGUAAGGGAUGGUGAUGUGCGGGAUGUAAUGUUGGCAAAAGAGUCCGAUAAGCUGUUGAUUAAGCUGCGCAAAGGUAAUAGUGUGAGUGUGCCGCUGCAGAGCUUCGAGCACAGCACGAAUGAGGCGGAAACACUGUACGAAGGUGAAGGUCCACGGGAAGAUGUCAUCAAGCGAAGGGAGAAAGAGGACGCGAAGCGUCCUAAACCCAAAUCUAAAUCGAAUCUCUCGAGCAUUGCGAAUAUUUUCGAAAGUAAGGAGCGGGUUGAGGAGGAACAGAUCGAGCAGGAACAGCGUUUUAUUGAGGAACAUCGGGAAAAGGCGGCUCGUCUAGUGGCGGAACGGCGUGAACGGCAACGGGCAGAGAAGCUACAGGCACUGCGGCUCAAUGAGCACCUGCUCGAGCAGGAACCGGAACUGGGUGAUCUAGUGAAACCGCUCAUCGAAUCGUGGGAUUGGAACACCCUAGAACGGGAAGCAGCUGACCGGAAUGCAGAAAGUGAAGGUGUACGUAGUACGGUCACUGCCUUACCGAAACCUCUCAAUGUACUCCCGGUGGUAAUCACCGCCCGCAAGUUAACGGUCGAUGAAGCUCAACUAGAGCACUGUUCCGGAUUGGAGGCGGCCUCAUACGUCGGAACAAUCACACCAGCAAAGGUGGACCUGAAACCGGAUAGAAUUGCAGCAAUCAACGCACUAACGCCCGAAAUGCUUAGUCAACUUGCACAGCUAGAGGAUCGUCUUGGAGCGUCGGCUGACCUAUUGCCUCAUCUGGACGAUUUAGCUUCCGUUAUGUCACACCUAGGCCAGGCACAACCAACCGAAGUGGAUGGUGUUCCCGGUGUGAAGUUGAUCGUCAACCACCAAUCUGUGUUCGUCCCAGGACAGAUGGUAAUGGUCGGUGGUAAGCCAACUUUCGUACCGGGUCAAUCACUGCCCAGCUCGUGCAGUUCUUCCGGUGAGCUCGAAUUUAUACCCGGUGUUACCAUUACCGGACAUGACGGUACGAUCCAGUUCAUCCCGGGUGAAGUUACAACCGUGCGAGCAGGCAGCAAACAACCAUCGGCCACUUUCGUGGCGGGUAAAGUGAUCGAGGGACAAGGCUUUGUGUGCGGACAGGUGUUAUCAGUGAACGGUGAGCCACGGUUUGUGCAGGGACAAACGAUUGUAACACCGGAAGGUGUUAGCAAGUUUAUUGCCGGUGUCGUAGACGAACGCACGGGUCAGUUUGUGCCUGGUCAACCGAUCGAAACUCCCGACGGACUGCGCUUUGUCCCGGGACAAACGAUAACCGUGCAGGGUCGGGAACGUUUCAUACCCGGACAGAAUGUGCCGAACCCGGACGGGAAAGGUGAGCUAGUGUUUGUGCCGGGACAAACGGUGAGCGUUGCCGGUGGUGGUGAAGAGCGUUUCGUGCCAGGGAAAACAAUUGUGACAGCCGAAGGGGCACGCUUUGUGCCCGGCCAGUACGUUGGUGAUUCGUUUGUGCCUGGAAUCGUGGAUGCCGGUGGACGCUUCGUGCCGGGUGUUAAUAUCGAAACGAAGGAGGGUUCCAAGUUUGUCGAGGGACAGAUCGUACACACGAAGCAUGGUGAUGUGUUUAUGCCCGGCACUACUACGAUCGGACCGGCCGGUGAAGUGUCUUUCGCGUUGGCAUCCACCAUCGAUGCGGUACGGUUUAGUGAGGCAUCGCCGGUAGGGAUGGUGGUCGAUGGAGAUCGUUUAGCCAUCGAAGAACCUUCGCUGUGUGUGUUCGGUCAUCUGGUGCAGAACGAUACUGGUGUAGAGUUCUACCCCGAGCGUAUUGGUCGGGAGCAUCUACCGGCGGGCAAAGUUGUGCCAGGCAAGUUGGUGAAGCAACUCGCCGAAUCCAAGUUCAUACCCGGCAUCAAGACGGAAGAUGAUGGUUUUAUCCCGGGACAAGUAGUGCUAACUGAUAGAGGCGAGCAAUUCGUCCCUGGACAGGUGAUUGAAACGUCCGAGGGUAUGAAGUUUGUUCCGGGUCAAAUUAUUGAAACAAAAAGUGGUCCUAAAUUCGUCCCCGGUCAGACAAUGGAAACCCCCGACGGACCAAGGUUUGUCCCAGGACAGAUCAUUAACACACGCGUUGGACCAACCUUCAUACCGGGUCAGGUGAUCAGCACCGAUGAUGAUGGAGAAAAGUUUGUCCCUGGUCAAAUCGUCGAUACGGAUGAUGGGCCUCGGUUCGUACCGGGGCGGGUAGUGGAAUCGGAUAACCGUGUCACCUUCAUCCCUGGCCGGAUCGUGCAAACAGCAGACGGGCCUCGCUUCGUAGCGCCGGAUCUAAAAGACAACGAAGAUGGUGACGAAGAAUUCUCGGUGCAAAGUUUCACUGUAACACCCGAAGAAUUGAAGCUACUGAAACCUAGCCAACCGGCUUACGGAGGAGCCGUUUCGGGCGAGAGCACACUCGUAGUCAGUUUGGAUAGUACGAUCUUGCAGAGCUUGGCACAAUCGGGAAUGCCCAUCGGACGUCAGGUGGAAGCAUCCGCCGUGGAUUACGUCCUCGAGAGCACAAAGGAACGUAAAGCGCUUCAACAGUUCCUGGCGGAGAAUAGUCUACCGGGUGCGAAACUGGACGUGCUAGAGAGCAUUUUUGAUGGAUUGAAGCAGGUCUGUAGGAAGGUGGAUCGCGAAUCCCUCCAAUACAGUGAUGCUCACGCAACAAAAGAUGAGACGGUAUGUAAUGGAUCGAUCGGAGUAGUGGAAGCCCUCGCAGCCAGCUUGGCCACAAUACUCAUGGAAAAUCAAGGCAACUCGGAUCCGAACGUACCCGAGCGAACCAUGUAUGAGAUGAUCGCGGAAGCGAUCAAAGCUUCAACGGGCGAGUAUACAGUGGAGGAACUGCAACACGUCGUUCAAUCUCCGGAAGCAGUGGAUUACCUGUUCGGUGCAGUUAAUCGUACCAUCGUGAAGAACAACAUCGAUCAAAAGCUACGAACGUUGACGGCACUCAUCGAAGAGGAACCACUGCGGGAAGAUACGGAAGCAGGCGUUGGUUCGCUUCCAACAGGAGCAAUCGAAGAGUUUUGUGAGCUGCUGGAUGAUAGCGGCAUGUCUGAGGCCUUUGUAAAUCUACUCAAGAAGGAUGAGAACUUGUUCAGAUCGAUCGUUACCAGCCUUAAAAGCUCCGGUGUGGUAGAGGACAGUGUGAACAUUUCGGAAAUUCUACAAACGGCACUGGUAGAUAGCAUUCAAGAACGGGCACAGGCAGCACUAGUGGAGCUGGUAGAAGAUCCCCGCUCGCAUGAUGCCUUACGUACAUUGCUUCGCAAAUCGGAAGGACUAGCGCACGCACUUGGUCACGCCAAGGAGGCAGAAGCGUUGCAGUAUCUGCUCACACAUCCGGCCGCAUUGCGUGAUCUUCACAAGGAGGAUGAGCUGUUUACGAUUAUUAAUCGUGUGCUGAUUAUGGAACAGUUGGCAGAAGACGACGAUGAGUAUCGGGAGCUGAUGGAUAGUCUGGAGCGUACACCGGCCCACGCUACCAAGAGUGACAAGCUGAGGGAACUCAUCCGGCAGAGCGGUGCACUGUCGCACGCACCUGCCCGCCGUCCAGUGAUCGAAUCGUCCCGUGAUGUGCCGCUAUCGUUGUUUUACACCAACAAUCAGCUGGCGAUCGAGGAGUUUUUCCUCAAGAGUGGUCAAUGUCGGCGGCAACAGUUCCCGAAGGCGUUCCUGAUUAUCAAGCGUGGUAUUCAGGCGGUCAUUCCGCGUGAGUCUAGCCACGAGGUGUUGGCUGGAAAGAUUGCCUAUACGGUGCUGGACGAGGACGGUAUCCGUCAUUUCCAACCGAUGAAUGUGUUGUCCGCGUUACGCAUCACUCCCAAGUUCCUGCACCGAUUCUCGAUGUACACCUGCGAGGUGCAGGAAGAACCCGACUACGAAACACUGAGCAGCAGUGGUAGCAGCAGUCACGAUGCAUUGGAUAAGGUGGAUGAGGGAGCGUACUACUAUCGGCCACUAUCGAGAAGAGGAUCGCUACGUAUUCCGACAACGAAUGCUAAUGUUACCGCACACCGGAAACUCGAGCGUCAGGAAUCGUUUAGCCCACGGUUGGUUACGCGCAAACUUCCGCCCAUGAAUGGAUAUCAUCAUCCGGUGGUAGGAUCGUUACCACCGCUGCAGCCACUUUACCAACCGCUACACACCUUCCCCACUGUCAUCACCCACCACCACCAGCAUCUUCAGCAGCCUAUACCCCGGCAACAUCAGCAGCAGCAUCAUCAUCUUCCUCACGCCCAUCAUUACCAACCCGCAGCAAAGGCAGACAAUGUUAAGACUCUACCAAUGGCAAUGAGGAUAGCGAUCAAGGCUUCACUAGCGCAAGGUCGCGAACCAUCAUCGACCUGCUACCGCUCCAGCAGUCGGGACUCGAUCCACCGAUCAUCAUCCCGUACGAGCGUCCACGACUGGAAGUGGAAGUGA